CUGAACGAGCUUCACAUUUCCUUCUUUUUCUUAAGAAAAAUUUUUUUUUUACUUUCAGACGGUGUUGAAUCGGACAUUCAAUUUUCAUUCUUCGACAUAAGCGACAAGUACCAACCUGUUACAUCUAACAAAAUUCUUCUUUGGAUUUCAGACACUAGCAAAGAGUUAAGGAACGUGCUUCACGAGCUAGAAAGAAUCGAGGCUAGCCAUUGCUCUAUUGCUAGGGGCUUCAAUGAACCGGCAAUGACUACAGUCGUUCCUAGCGAAUUAAUUUCCUUUCCCUCUGAUCUUACCAUACCUGCAUCUAAAUUCACCAACGAUCAAGCUAGCUCGCUUUGUCCACCCUCCGAGUCCCAACGUGUAAGUUCAAGCCUCUAA